AUGGGGGGGGUGCCCCUGUGUGGGGAGCGACCCUUGUGUGUGUGGAGCAGGCACCUGUGGUGUGUAGGUGCUCACUGUGGGUGUGGGAGCACCCUGUGUGGUGGUUGGGGCACCCUAGUGUUGUGGCGCGCACCCUGUGUUGUGGAGCACCCUGUUGUGUGGGGGGGGUUUGGGGGCACCCUGUGUGUGGGAGCACCCUGUGUUGUGGAGCACCCUGUGUGUUGGGAGCACCCUUUGUGUGUGGGAGCACCCUGUGUGUGGGAGCACCCUGUGUGUGUGGGAGCACCCUGUGUGUGUGGGUGCACCCUGUGUGUGUGGGAGCACCCUGUGUGUGGGAGCACCCUGUGUGUGUGUGGGAGCACCCUGUGUGGUGUGGGAGCACCCUGUGUGUGGGGGCACCCUGUGUGUGUGGGAGCACCCUGUGUGUGUGGGAGCACCCUGUGUGUGGGAGCACCCUGUGUGUGGGUGGGAGCACCCUGUGUGUGUGGGAGCACCCUGUGUGUGGGAGCACCCUGUGUGUGUGGGGCACCCUGUGUGUGGGAGCACCCUGUGUGUGGGAGCACCCUGUGUGUGUGGGAGCACCCUGUGUGUGGGAGCACCCUGUGUGUGUGGGAGCACCCUGUGUGUGUGGGGGCACCCUGUGUGUGGGAGCACCCUGUGUGUGGGAGCACCCUGUGUGUGUGGGAGCACCCUGUGUGUGUGGGAGCACCCUGUGUGUGUGGGAGCACCCUGUGUGUGUGGGAGCACCCUGUGUGUGUGGGGGCACCCUGUGUGUGUGUGGGAGCACCCUGUGUGUGUGGGAGCACCCUGCACCGGCUGCAGACGUUGUAA